AUGGGCGAGGGAGGCAAGCUGGUCGUUGUGCUUGGUGAGCAUGGCCUGGACGCCCUACCCGACGAGAUUGGCUACGUAGUCGAAGAGCUUCACCUGGUAGCCUCUCGACGCCAGAGGCGGCGCCCCGCCGUGGCCUUGCCCGUUGACGAUGAUCUUAUUGUAGCAAGUGCUGGGGAUGAUAAAAGGAUCUCAUUGUGGCAUAAAAAGGGUCAAAAUGUAGGACAACUACCAACAUCAACUGUUGACCGUGGUGAUGACAUAGAGGAGUGCCUUUAUUCUAUCAGUUUUAGCAACAAAGGUUCUCGAUAUCUCUGCUCUGGUGGAAGCGGCCAUAUUGUUAGGAUAUGGGAUUUGCAGCGAAAGAGAUGUAUCAAAUGGCUAAGCGGUCACACUGACACAAUUACUGGCGUAAUGUAUAACUGCAAAGAUGAACAUUUGGCAUCGAUCAGCAUGAAGGGGGACCUGAUUCUUCAUAAUCUUGCUUCUGGUGCACGUGCUGCUGAACUUAGCGAUCCAAAUGGACAGGUUCUGAGAGUGCUUGAUUAUUCACGAAAUAGUAGGCAUUUGUUGGUGACAGCUGGAGAUGAUGGUUCUGUGCAUCUUUGGGAUACAACUGCAAAGUCUCCAAAGGUUUCAUGGCUGAAGCAACAUUCUGCACCCACAAGUGGUGUUUGUAUUUCACCAUCCAGUGAUAAGACAAUUGCUACAGUUGGCCUUGACAAGAAGUUAUACAUAUUAGAUUCGGGGUCAAGACGGCCAACACAAACUAUUCCUCAUGAGGCUCCAUUCUCCUCAUUGGCAUAUAAUGAUGAUGGUACUAUAUUAGCAGCGGGCACAAAUAGUGGACGUGUGGUGUUUUAUGAUGUCCGAGGAAAACCAAAACCAUUGACCAUCCUUCGUGCAUAUAAUACCUCUGAGGCCGUGACAGGUUUAUGCUGGCAACGGUCGAAGCCUGUCGUUGUUAAUGAGAACAGUUCUUCUGAAGUUGCUCUUCUUGGGGGAACUAGUGAAGAAUCUGUUCUUAUGCCAGAUCCCUUGCCUUCAGCAACACCUACAAGUCUUGGUUCUGGAGUGGCCAGUACAAGUCUUCGCUCUUCUUUGACAGCAAACACAAGUGGCUAUCUUUCGACCUCAAAUUCUUCUACUAUGGAGGAAACUCCAUAUAGAACUCGUCCGCUGUCUGGUGGACCGUUAGCAAAGCUACAGGCUCCUCGUAGUAACUAUAAUCUUAAGGAUGAUAUGGAUGUAUUUUCUCCACUUGUUGAUGUCCAGCCUUUCACACCAUCUAGUGGCAACUGGUGGGAUGAACAUGGAAGUGAUGAUACAAAAAAGGAUGAUAAACCAGGAGAAAAGAAACUUUCGGCAACCAGGAAGUAUUCGUAUAUGGAAGGCAAUGAUGAGCCACAUCCGAUUGCAGACUGGCGGUCUACUGCAAAUUCAAGACAGGAUAGCAUCUCAUCUGUAUCUUCACCUGAGGUAGCAACUGGAAAUGCAUUACCAGACAGGCUAACUCAACGUCAGCAUAUCUCACGCUUUGGGUCUUCAGCCUUUCCAACUGGUGGCUUGGCAUUUACAGCCUUACAAGAUUCAGCUUCAGCAUCCAGUCACUCACUGAAGGGUUCUCUUGCAAGUAACAUUUUAAUGAAUCUACAGAACAAGGGCAUCUUGAGCAAUGCACACUCUUCCCUGGACGCAUCCUCUCCUAAUCUUCAGAGUUCUCUUCCCUCAUAUGUUUCAAAAGCUAUGCCAUCUGUGAUUCCCGAUCAACCAGGAGCAGCACAAUCCACUUCUAUGUGGAGACCCACAACAUAUACUGAUAGAAUGAGCUCAUCAUCUGUAUUUAGUGAUGGAUUAGCUUCAGCAUUUGGUUCACCAAAAUCAAAGAAGACAGGAGCAGAAACAAAAGAUGAGUUGCUCAGUAGCAUUUUGUCAAGACAAGAAGCAGCAGCUGCCUCUUCAUCUGCAAUCCCUCUAGCAAGCAAUGGGGUAGUGCCACCACAACUGGCGAACACGGGUUCUUCAUCUGACCAACAUGGCGCUUCUUCCUUCUCACUUCAGUAUGUGCAGCGCAUGCUUGAAGAAUCUCUUGGGUCUGUCCAGAAGACCAUCCAUGAGGAUGUGAGAAAUCUCCACAUUGAACUUUUAAGACAGUUUCACAUGCAGGAGAUGGAAAUGUCAGGCGUGCUGAACUUGGUCAUGGAAAAGGUGGAAGGCCUGACAAAAGAAGUGCAGCAACUAAGAAGGGAGAACCAACAACUCCGGCAGCAGCUUCUCUAAUAUGCUUGGGGGCCUCUAUUUGGUAUUUUUAUGCUUUGCAGAAGAGUGCAAUUUGCUCCGGAGUCCUAGUUAGGCCCGGCGAUGGUUGAUUCUCAUAUUGAUUGUCUACGCAUGACAUAUAGGAAGCUCGUGUUUGAGACGGUUGUACAUAGAAUCCUCUUAGUUUAGAAGCAUAUUGAUUCAAUUAUUGUUCUCUGUUUGUCGUGUUGUGUUGGACUGGUUCCAUGUAUCUUGGUGGACCUUGGGCAGCCUUAUUUUGGAUGGCAUAUGUGAAAGGAUUCAAUGUAACUUUUGUUAAUAGGAUUCCUUGACGAGGCUAAAAAUACUCGUCCUUAACAAUGGCAUAUGAUAUUUUGCUUCUUGUUAUAGCAGAUGUGGCUAGCUUAUUAUUGUU